GACACACACAUUGGCGAGGACACAUUCUUUUUUUAUGAGAUUUUUUAUAAAAAUAUCAAGUAGGAUUUAGGUGAGAAAGUGAAAAGAGGGCCUUUCUGGUGCAGACGGACAAACUGACGUCCACGCUCUUGACACAAACACACCAUGCACUGUGUUAGCAGAGGAGGCUGCUACCUGGUGAAUUCCCACUGUGAUAUUCACGAGGACAACCAGUGGAGGAAGGAGAGCCUCCAAGCAUGUUGGCUGAGCCUGAUUAUUGAAACAAGACCACAAUACAAGCUGAAACUGUCGGAGACAGAUAACGUCCGCAGAGAGAGUUAUAAGCUCCAACAGGUGGUGCACUUCAUGGUCCAGAGGGGCCCCAGUCAGACAGUGAUGCUGGGGACUCUCAACGGAGCUACGAAAGAGCACCACCUACCUGUCCUCCACACCGGCAGGGACCCAGGCCCUGCCAGAGCCUCCUCUGGCUGCACAGUGGAACAGCCAGCCACACAAGAGCAGGUGAAAGAUGAGUUGAACAAGCAGGAAGUGACUGACACAACUCAGGUCCUCAGAAAGCCAAUCAGAGUGAACUUCAGAGCUUCCAGCCUGAUGUCCUCUCCAAGAGAAAACUCUCAUCGGGCGCAGAGGAGGGAGUGAAACAAGGAGGUGAAGCUGAAGGAACAUCGGAAACUGUGGCUUAAAAAUUACAACAUAACAUUUUCUCUUGUUGUUCACUUGCUGGUAUCUGUACGUUAACAUUUGCUUUAACGUUGCAUGAAAUAGCUACAUUGAGUCAAAAUGAAAAACCUAAUGAAAUGAGCCACUUUUAUUUGUAUGAAACUUCUGCACAACACAUGUUCUGACUUAGUAUUUGAGUAUCAUCCAUAUAAAACUCUUAGAAAAAAUGUUUUUGACUUCUAGAAGUUAUGUUAGAAGUGUAUUGCUUGUCAUAAUUAAAACACUAAAAAGCUGUGAAAUAUGUUGUAUUGUGGGAAUAACACAUUCUGAAGUUAAUCUUUUAAGAUAACGGUUAUGCCCCUGGAAACUAUAUAUUUUUCAUAUUUUCAGUGACUUCCAUACAAAGCUCAACGAAUAUGCGCUAGAAACUAUUUGUGCUUACUUGUUUAUAUUUAUUAAUAAAUUUGUAACAUUAGAGAAAAAAAAUCAUAAAUGUGCAUACAUAAUGUGAUAGGACUAUAAAUAUGAGUAUCAAUGUGUCAAUUCUUUCUCUGUAUUCCUGUUGCACAGUUUAUACAAUGCAGAAUUAGUUUCCAUGUCACUACUGUGCUAUUCUUAACAGCAAAGACAGCACCUACUUGUGGUAAAAUAAAAACAUUGUAAAGAGACCCCCACAAAAGUUGCUUUUAUAAUCGAAAUACAUCAGUACUUUUGAAAGACUGAGGUGAAUAGCUGAAUAACCUAGAGGAGUAAAAAAAAUUGUUUGAAUAAUUGAACUGAACAGUCAGCGACAAUACAUCCGACACUCACCAAGCUAGAUUUCAAUAAACAAUCAAUUCCAGGCCUUCAAUGUGUUUUUUAUUUUAUUUUUUUUCUGUAGCAAUGUAAUGGGUUUCAAUAUAAGCGCUGCUUUCUGAUCUGUUCCCUUAAAAUGCACAUGCACCUGAAAUAGUCCUGUCUCCCUCCUGAUCGACUAAAGACUCCCACAAAACCAGACUGAAGACGAUAACUGUCCCACAACCGUCCAUCAACAUAUAAAAACCAAGUAUCCACACAUGUAAGAGCACUGACAAACUUAACCAUGUUUUAUUAAUGUCGCCAGUGUGUUUUAAACGUGUAUCUGUUUUUGCUUCAAUGUAGCAUUUUCAAAUAAAAAUUUCCUGAUGAGAA